GUUCGGUUGGGCGGUUGUUCUGAUCCAUGUUUGGUGCGGGCAUUGUGGGGGCAAUGGCUGGAACUGGGCAGCAGUACGAGGAAGAUAUGCCUCUUGUUUAAAAAAACUGUUAAAGAGACAGCAUUGACAACAAGAAGAUGCAGUGUGGCGGCGGUCUGUAGCCGGCGUAUUUACUGCAGUUCGAGCAGAAAGGACGGGGAGAAAUCCAGUGACUGGCUUCACAGCCGCUGCUUUGAGUUGCUGCCGCUGAGGUGAAGGACACGAUGUCGUUUGGUCAAAUACCGGCUGUGCUGAACAAGUAGUUUUGAGUUGAAUUGGGUUGUACCAUUCAAGUUUAAAUUCUGUGUUAUCACUCAUCCGCCGCCGUCUGUAAAGAGGCUCAAUGGAACCACAGCAUUCAGACUCCGAGUUUAAAUCCUAUUGAAAGAGUGUCAGCCCCUCUGAGAGUGCAGUCCUGCAGUUCUACCGUCUACCGGCUGUAGCUCGGUUUAGUAGAAAACAAGAUGAGUCACGCGUGUUCAGUAAAUGCCCCAUUUCUUUAUGAGAAGCAAGGAUUGGUGCUGGAUAUGAUUCUCCGCUCUAUGUUAGGAGUAGCCCAGCCUAUCAACUGGGAAAGAGUAGCUAGACUCAUACCAGGAGUCACAGCCAAACAGUGUGCCAAGAGAUUUGAAGAGCUAAGAAGCAAUGGAAUCAUGCCCCAUAUUUGUGAUGAAAACAAGUGUGAAGGGAGUCCAUCUAAAUCAUUGGCCACAUAUAUUAAAUCAUCGUUUUUGGACAAUGAAGAUGAUGAAAAAUCUAGAUUAUCUGUAGUGCAGAAUAGCACUUCCAUAUCAGGACGAAUUACUUUGUCUUCAGGAAGAAAUUGCACUCUAAAAGAAAAUGGUUCAACGGAUAAAGGUGAAGAUAAACUGGAUGAAAGCCAAGGGCCCAACAUGGUAAUUCAUGUUUGUGAUGAAGCUAAAAACUUGAAGCGUGAUUUUGUUUGUCCUCGGAAUCUUCUCGUCAGUGAGAUGAAAUACUUUGCUGAGUAUCUCUCUGUAGAUGCGCAGCGCUGGCAAGAAGUAGAUAUCUCAGUGCACUGCGAUGUCCAUAUCUUUGCCUGGUUGAUGAGCUAUGUGAAGAAGAAACUAAAGCAUCAAGGACAGGCUGAACAACCAGAGCUUGAGCCUAGUAAUGUUAUCUCAAUUCUCAUUUCAUCUGAAUUUUUGAAAAUGGAUUCCCUGGUUGAAGAGUGCAUACAUUACUGUCAUAAAAAUAUGAGUGCCAUUGUAGCUACUCCUUGCAAUAUGAACUGCAUCAAUGGCACCCUAGCCACACGUAUUAUUGACCUCUUCACACAUAAUGAAGCUGAUGAAGUAAAAGACAGAAAAGAUAAAUUUAAAAGCAAGAUAUUUUGUAAGAAGAUUGAGAGGCUAUUUGAUCCAGAGUUCAAGGACCCGGACUCUCCAGGGAGUGCUCAUACACUGUACAGAUGUAGUUUGUGUAAGAAACUUCUUACCAAAGAAACUGAGAAAAUGCUUCCUUGUUUGCCUGUGAAAAUAAAUAUUGACCUACGUGGAAAUAUAAUAUACUUGCACAACAGGGACAAAAGCUGGGAUGUGAAUGAGUAUCUUGAUAGUCUCUUUGAAGACUUGAAGUCUUGGCAAGAUGUGUAUUGGCGUUUAUGGGGAACUAUAAAUUGGCUGCCCUGUACAAGAUGUAAAAAAGUCUUUCAAUGCACUGAACUCUCCCACUGCCGCUACCACCCAGAACAAGUGACGUAUCUUCCUGCAGGCAGUCAGUUGUCCACUCCUGGCUUUGGGUUCUAUCCCUGUUGCAAGCAGAAGGUCCUGCGGUUUGAUCCUCUUCAAGGUUGUAAACUUCAGGAUCAUGUUGUCAAAUUAGUCAGUCAUCUUCGGAAUGGUAAACUAACUUCAUUAUCAAUUGGUCAAGUGUACUGUGACGUACUGCAGCACAAGGAUGUUGUCUGUGUGCCAUUUUGUAAAACUGAAGAAAGUAAUGGAAACACAGAUCCUUCUGAAGAGAAGGAUCUAGAUUUUGAAAUCUUAGCAGAACCCAAUUCAUGGAGGGGACAAAAAAUUGGAGAUGUCACAACUUUUUCACUUUUGAAAAACUGGAGUUUGCAGCUGAAGCAGCAAGCAUUAUAUUCUGAAGAUGAAGAGUACACCACAGGUUCAGAAGUAACUGAGGAUGAAGUAGGAGAUGAAGAAGAAUUGACAAAAAAACAAGGUACAAGAAAGUUUAAGAAAAUUACUAAUCGAACAAAGAAGCCAGCAGCAUCUCCUACUACACAGAAAAAAGAGAAGGGAUCUGUACGAGAUGGAUCUCCUUUCACUGUCAGUUUUCAGAAAAGCAAGUGGGACAGCAACCGUUCGAUGCGAUAUAAUCAGGACGCCCAAAGAGAGGAAGAUCAACGAAGGAUGGUUGAAAUAAUUGGACAUCUGACAAAGAUUAGGUUUGGAGAAAAAAUUGAUCGCACCAAGGCAAAAGAAGGAAAAGAGUUUGCUGGUGGCAUUUAUUCCAGAUUGGAAUCUCAGUUUAAACCCUGUCAACCAGCAACUCCUCGUCAGAAUAAUUCAUCACAAAACACAAGGUCCAAGGCCCGCUUAUCACAAUUGCGCCCAACGUAGUGGAUCCCAGAACCAACAGGAAUGAACUCAUGAUAAACGCCAACCUCCACAGCAAUUUAAACAUGCAUGUUUAUUAACAUUAAAUACCUAAUCAAGUACAAUGUGCGAAUAGUUUUCAUAACUUUUCUGUAGACUGCCCAGAUUAUAUCAUGGUAUAAUGCCAUUUAAACAAUCAACUCUUCUGCACUUGACAAUAUUCAAAUUUAAUUCAAAUAGCUUAACUGCACUUACUGUAUUUGGUGAAAUGUUUUCCACUAAACUUUUUAGUGUAGUUUUUCUGGUUUUCUAAAAAUAACAGCAAGUUCAUAAUUUUGUGAACUAUAGUUAAUACUUCACAUAGAUGGUUUAACUUACAAAGUUUUGAACUUUAAAUUGCUGGGCAAUUCUGAAAAAAAUUAAAAACUGGUUGGCUGCCAUCUUGCAGCACUCAAAGGAAUGAAUGGCCUGUAUAUUUAUAGGAGAAAAAUGUUUUAAUUUCCUACCUCUUAGCUUCAUAUUUGAUUUGAAUUUUAUUGCCACAUGGAAAUUCCUUGGGAUUACAUUUUCUACUAAUUUAUGAAAAGUGGGGAUUUUAAAAGCCAUUUCUAGCAUUCUGCACUAAUUACAUUAGUUUAUACAAUGUAAAAAGGUUGUACCAAAAAUAGGCUCGCUAACUAAAACAUUCAUUCGUUAUCCUUAUUUUUCACAUUUACAAAAUAAUGGAAGCAAUUCUAUACUCUUCAUUUGAGCAACUAGAAACAUGGAAUUUUGCUGAUGGCCCAAAGAGCUCAAGAAUAAUUAUGCGAAUUGAACAGAGUAAUAUGAAUUCUUGAGGGUUCAUCUCACACAUUUAUAUAUGUAUGAACAGCUGUUGUAAAAGUGUUUUGCACGUACUUAAAUAGUUCCUGCUUGAAAUGCAUUGCAAGCAGUGCAGUAUGUGCAUUUUCAGGUAUGUUUUCAGGAAAUCAACAACCAAUAACAAUUGACUGAAUAGCCAGUAGAUAUUAAAAGCAAUUGGAAUAACAAUUAUAUUCACCCUGUGCACCCAAACUUAAGCUGUUGCCUGUUCAGUAACUCAUUUAGAUGUCACUUUUGAUACUUUGUAUAUUAGUUUUGUUUAGAAAUAUCUAAGUGAACCUUUUGAAAGAUAUU